AUGUCCACCUCUCAUUGUCGAUUUUAUGAGAAUAAAUACCCAGAAGUUGAUGACAUUGUUAUGGUCAAUGUUCAGCAAAUCGCUGAAAUGGGUGCCUAUGUUAAGUUACUAGAAUAUGACAAUAUUGAGGGUAUGAUUCUAUUAAGUGAAUUGUCCCGUAGACGUAUAAGGUCGAUCCAAAAGUUAAUUCGUGUUGGUAAGAAUGAUGUUGUUGUUGUAUUAAGAGUUGAUAAGGAGAAAGGGUACAUUGAUUUGUCAAAACGUAGAGUUUCUUCCGAAGAUAUCAUUAAAUGUGAAGAAAAAUACCAAAAAUCAAAGAGUGUCCAUUCCAUUUUAAGAUUCUGUUCUGAAAAAUUCCAAAUUCCAUUAGAAGAUUUAUAUAAGACUAUUGCCUGGCCAUUAAGUCGAAAGUAUGGUCAUGCUUAUGAAGCUUUUAAGAUGUCUAUCAUUGAUGAAACUAUCUGGGAUGGAAUCGAGCCUCCAUCUAAAGAAAUUUUUGAUGAACUAAAAGAAUACAUUGCAAAGAGGUUAACACCACAAGCUGUUAAAAUUAGAGCUGAUGUUGAAGUUUCUUGUUUUGGUUAUGAAGGUAUUGAUGCGAUUAAGGAAGCUUUAAAGGCUGCCGAAGCCAUGUCUACUGAACAAAUGCAAAUUAAAGUUAAAUUGGUUGCCGCUCCGUUAUACGUUGUUAGCACACAAGCAUUAGAUAAACAAAAGGGUAUCGAGUUAUUAGAACAAGCUAUUGAGAAGAUCAAUGGCGUGAUUGCUAGUUACGAUGGUGUAUGCAACAUUACUAUGGCUCCAAAGUCUGUCACUGCUACUGAAGAUGCUGAAUUACAAGCUCUAUUAGACAGUAAGGAAUUAGACAACAGAUCUGACUCAGAGGAAGAAGAUGACGAUUCUGAUUAUUAA